AAGUUUUAACAGGCGCACGUAUAUAAGCGUCGUAAUUCGUAAUAGAAUCAUCUGGACAUUGGAAAUACGACAGUGAAGCUUGACAAGAAAACUUGUGUAUCGUGUAAAAUAAAUAGUUUUUGUGGAUUUUUACGAAUACAUAUUCACAUUUUAUUCCCAAUUGUGCAAUAUAGAUAAAUAUCCAAUAAUGUAUAAAGUAUAUUUGCAAAAUAACGACUCUUCUGUCAAAGCAAUUCGAAAGUUUGGUUUUCAGUCUAGUUCAGGAAUUCAGAAUAUUCGGUCUAAUCGUCUGCCUAAUCAUUAUGGUAUUCGGGCUGAUUGCCAGCUUAAUUUUAAUGAGUUUUGCCAAAAAGUCAUAUCAAUAUUCCCGGAAUUAUCUGGUAAAGAGUUCACCGUUUCUUGGAAAGAUGCUGAUGGUGAUCAAAUCUUAAUAUCAUCUGAUGAAGAAUUACAAAUCGCUGAGGAAGAAAUGAGGCAGCCUAAGAAAAUAUAUAUCAAACCUUUUUCAUCUGAGCAAAAAGCAUCAAGUCCUGAGAAAGAAAAAACAGUACAUUUUGGUGUAUAUUGUGAUGGUUGUGAUAAUGACAUAACUGGAUUUAGAUACAAAUGUAUUCAAUGUGAAGAUUAUGAUUUAUGUGCACAAUGUGAGACAACACAGAUACAUUCACAUCAUUAUAUGAUCCGUAUGCCACAACCAUUAGAAUCGCAUCAUACUAGAAGUUUGUUUCACCAUUUGAGAAAAAUUCUGAAAAAGAAUGGUGUGUAUUUUAAUAAAAAACAUACUUCUGAUGAAAAUAAAUCCCAAAGUAAUCAUUGUAACAUUUAUCCUUGGUUGGGAAUUUAUGCACCAUAUUUAAAUAGUUUUAUUGAUACACUAUUAGAAGCACAUACUGUUGAUCCAGAAUCUUGUAAGAGUCACAAACCUGAAGAAAGAAAAGAAUCUAAAGAUGAUACAUGUAUGGAUGAAAAUAAUUCCAGAAAAUUUCCUGGUGAAGGAAGGAAGUUACUUGAUAAUGCAAAGGGUGAUAAAGAAUCAGUGUCAGAUGUUGCAUCAACAGCAAGUCAAGAUAGUGCUACUACAAAGGUAGCAGCAGAUGAAUGGACUUUUAUAGAUAAAAAUGACACUACUGAAGUUAAUCAAACAUCUUCAGCUUCAUCCAAUAUGAAUGGUAUUGGCACGAAACAGACUUGUUCCUCUUCAACGGCACCACCAUUAGCAUCACAGGGAUCUUCAGCUGAAACACUUUACCCUGAAUUACCAAGAGAAACAAAUUACCAAGAAAUAUAUCAUGAAAAUCCAACAGUUAAUGAAGCUGUUAAAACUAUGAUAAAGAUGGGAUUCUCAAAUCAAAGUGGAUUAUUGACUUAUUUGUUGGGUGUUGAAGAUGGUAAUAUUGAUAACGUCUUAGAGAUAUUGCAACCUACAAAUAAAUGAAUAUGAAGUUUGACAUUUAAUGAAAUUUAUCAUUAUAUCACUAUAGCUUAUGACAUAUAGUUCAUAUAUAUAUGGUACAUAUUUUUUCUGUUGCAAAAUAAAAAUAGAAUGUAGUAUUAUGUAAUGUAUACUAUUGUUACAGAUAUUACAUUCCUCCCUACUUAAUGUAUUCAUGUUAAUAAAGUAGCAUGUAAAGAUGAUCAAA